UGCAUUGACUGUAUUCUCUAGAGACAGACCCAAACUAUAUACCACCUGUCGACAUACCUAGUAUGUAUAUCCUGAAAGAGAAACUUUCUACAACUUGUCCUCUCAAUCGCACCCUGAUUGCACCGCUUUGACUGGUCUUGCUGGCAGUGCUGAGUCGAUCAGUUCGAAUGUCAACUUGCUACUAGCAAAAAAUUUCUCUGUUCUCCAUCAUGACGUUCAAGCAGGCUGCCGUUCUUGCACCAGUGUCGUUCUUUCUGGGGAUCCUGUUCAUAUGUUUCAACGUGGAUCACAAGCUUCUCUGGGGGGAACUUACUGAAACUGUAAUUGCGGAUGGAUUCAGUUUCUACACCACUUUUUUCAAUUCCCCACCUGCUAUCAAGGCGUUGUUGCAUGGAAUGAUUGGUGUAGGAGUGCUAGGACUGGUCGGCAAACUGCACAAAUGGGACGAUAGUGCUAUGUUCUUUGACGGAUCUAGUCUUGGUGUCUAUGUGUUUGCCAUCGCGGUGUAUACGGCUGUCAUCUGCCCAACGUUGAAAACUGUGGCCAUUCCGCUGGAAGAGGACACAUAUUCUGACAGAAUAGAAGCUGUUCGAGUACUUGCAGCAGCAAAUGUUAUCAUCAUGAUAUGUUUGGGAUUGAUACUUACGCUUCAAGCCGGUCAAGUUUACGCUAAACGGUUGGAAGUUCAAGCGAUUGAAGUAGACAAUAAAGCUUUGGAUAAAGAAAAGAAGGAACAGUAGUGCAGGAGGAACAUGAACAUAACAUG